UGGACUUUAUUUCCUGUAGACCACAUAAUGUAUUGAACGCCAGGCAGAAUCGGUUCCUCCAGCCGUGAUGCGGUACUUUCCGUAAAUGGCUCGCUCGAUUCGAAACGAUGGGUAGCUCGGUACUCGAGUUGUACAGACAUUGGCUGAAGACAUGUUCGUGUAGCAACGUUUGAAAGCCAUUUACCGCUGCGCUGUGUUUUCCGCUAUUUACGCAACUUCAACCUUGUUACUUGGUUUGCUGGAAAAACACGUCGCUGGGCUGCAUAUCAUUUCCAUGCGCAUGACAUUAAGCGAGACAGCGCCUAAAUAGAAAAUGACUUCUGUGUGGAAGAGAUUACAGAGAGUCGGGAAAAAAGCUACCAAAUUUCAGUUUGUGGCAUCGUAUCAAGAACUUACUCUGGAAUGUACAAAGAAAUGGCAACCAGACAAACUAAGGGUAGUAUGGACCAGGAGAAACAGACGCAUCUGUUCAAAGUUACAUGGAUGGCAGCCAGGGAUCAAGAACCCCUACCGGGGCACCGUAGUGUGGCAAGUACCUGAGAACGUGGAUAUCACUGUCACCCUCUUCAAGGAGCCUCAUGCAGAUGAAUUUGAAGAUAAAGACUGGACAUUUGUCAUCGAAAAUGAGUCAGCAAAGGGCCAGCGUAAGGUGCUCGCCUCUGUGGACGUGAACCUGAAAAAGUUUGCCAGUGCCACUCUGAGCCAGACUGACCUGAUGCUCAAAAUGAAGCCCCUUUCAGUGAAGGUGGUGGAGGCCACGCUGAAGCUCUCUCUCUCCUGUGUGUUCCUCAGGGAAGGCAAAGCCACGGAUGAGGACAUGCAGAGUGUGGCCAGCUUGAUGAGUGUGAAGCCAGUGGACAUAGGAAACCUGGAGGAUUUUAAUGAGAGCGAUGAAGAGGAGGAUAAGAGAUCCAGCACUGGCGCUAAUCUCAGUGCUGCAGCAUUAGCCCCUUCUGGUCCUGAUCAACCAGGAUGCACAAUGGAAAAGAGACUUUCUCUAAAGGGUCCCCUUGCAAUAGGCAGUGGUCCGGAGAGGCCAGGCAGUGGGGUCCCCUCCCACCCUGUCUUGAGCACUGUGUCUAACCCAGCACUGCAGGGUCGUCCUCCCUUACCCCCUGCACACUGCCCUGCCUUCUUCCCACCAUCCUCGCCCACAACCCACUACAGACUGCCGCUCCCUCUGGCCGUGACCCCACAGGGGGCUUUGCGGGACCCUCAGGCACCUGGCUUCCCUGGCUCAUUGCCCCCAGCACUUCCCAAAAUCUUCCAGCCCUGCCCUGGUUCAGUGCCUGCAUCUUUCCAGAGGAGGUCCUCUGGUCCCGAGACCCCCACGGACAAUCCGAUGACCUCUGACUCCCCCCCACUUUGCCCCGCCGAAGCUGUCUCCUCUAAGCUUGCAAAUCCUUUUCUCUCUCAACCUGCUCACACCUUAAAAGAUAUGCUUGGCCCUUCUCCUGCUAAUGUUUUUAAACCCAAGAUUGUGCAGGAGUAUGUGGCGCAUUCUCCUGUUCCCUUCCAUGAACCCCAAAUCACAACCUCUUCUCUCCCCGAUUCAAUUAAACAUCCAUCUGUCUCAUCCUCGGUUUCCUCACAGCAGGACAAACAGAGUGUAUCUUCUGCUCUGUCCUCCUCCUAUUUCUGCCCAUCUCUGAGCGACCCCGCGGCCCCCGUUCCUCUGCUGAGCAGCCCAGAUCUGGAAGCUCUGUGUGAACCUGCUCACACCUCACCUGCCCCUCCGCCCUUCUCAGAACCUUCUGUCCUACCCCUCCACAUGCUCCAAACACCCCCAGCCCCUGUUCCUGCUCUCAGACCUGCCCCCUUGCCACCUUUCCCCCUCUCUGCUCUGUCCAGCCGUCAGAAUCCUCCUGCUCCCACUGCAGACUCUAAGAUGUCACAGCCUGUUCCUGAGUUAAAGAGCUCUGAGUCCACACAACCUUUGACCUUGAUCCAGCUCAGGCAGAAUCAGCACUCAUCUCGGGCUGUUGGCAGCAUCAGUAUUGCCAACACUCCACCUAGCACCUACUUGACAAACCACACCCACUCCAAAAGCCACACCCACUCCGAACACCACAAACAGGUCCAGGAUGAGGAGAUGCAGCUCACCAGUUCCCACCCUACCACUGCAGCUGAAAAUCUGGAGCAAGAACGAAAGCCAGCUGCUGCUCCUGGACAAAGGUUUUCGGAAAUGUCUGGAUCAGAGGACGUAGACAUCACGGCCCUACCUGCUCCUUGGCCAUUUUCUCUCUCAGAUACUCUCUGUCCUACACAACCUUCCAUCAUGACAGAGAAACUUCCAGAGAAAUCCACAGAAGUGUUUGUAUCAAGAAAGGCACCACUGGCUGAAGAAGAAGAUUAUGAAGAUGAAGCCUUUGAAAAGGUGCCUGUAACUUCUCAAGCUCUCAAAAAGGCCACAGUUGAAGAACUGUCCAAGAACACCAUGCUUAUUAAAGAUAAGUCUUCAUUGGCCAAGGCUUUCUCUGCUCAUUCACAAACUAAAACGGAGAGUGAUCUUAAUGAAACAGACAAAGCACUGCCUGUGUCUUCCAGUCUGUCCCAAGUUACACUAUUUAAUGAAAAGCCCAGUAUUAAUUUUUCAGAGCAACCAGAAUCAAAGCCUGAGUCAGCAGACAUCCCUAGGCUGAAAGAGGAACCAGCCACUCCAAAUGCCGAGUCAUCUGUUAUCACUGCGGAUCUGAGCAGAGCAGACGAGGGCAAAGCCACGCUUAAAACCCCAACUACUUCUGUCCCCUCAUUAUUGUCCACUGAGCAAUGCCUGACUGUAGACAAACAACAGUCACCACAGGCUUUGGUGUCCCCAUGGCCCAGAGAAACCUGUUCGUUUGAGGCUAAUUUGACCGAAACUGAUUUUGACAGACAGACUGCUGUACCUGGGGCCAGCUUAAGUCAAGCAUUGGCAGAUAUGAAGCCCCUUCCAAUCAGCCAGUCCAGCAGUGACACAAAUAUGGAGGCCUUGCCCAGCACAUCAGCUCUGUCUGAGCUAGGUUCUUCCAGCCUCCCUAAGUACCGAGAGCCUAAGGCCCUGAUGACCUCAUCAGCCCAGAUGACCUCAUCAGCACACCCACAGCCAGGCCUUGUUCUGGACUCAGAGGGUUCUACUGAGGUGCAAAAGACUGUGGAUCCAGGCGGUUGUAAAAAAGCUCACACAGAGGGCCCCAUCUGGGCUGCCUUAGAGCAUAAAGUAAUGGAUCAGAAAGAACUCUUCAUUACAGAAGAGACUCCCCAGGACAAAACAAGUAACAGCCUGGAGAAAGCAGAGCAUGAGGCUGAGGUUAUUUCCAGCAUGGAGCUGUCAAAGCCAGGUGAAGAUAAAGCCAUUGAUCAGGUGGAAGAUGUGAAGAAACUCAACCUGAACGAAGUCGAAACUCUGACAGCAGCUAUUCACAAAGCACAACCAAAGCCUCCUGUUAUGCAGGAGAAGCUGAAAGAAGUCAAUAUAGAACCUUUGGUACAAUCUACAUCUCAGUCCCUUUCCGCUAGCACUUAUCUGAAGGACAAGCCCAAUGGGACCUUAACGUGCUUUGAUAGUCUCCAGCCUGAUAUUAACACAAUGUUAAGUGAUGAGGCAAAGAGAAUAAAUGUAAAAGCAAAAGGUUCGUCUGAAGCAGAGAGUCCAUUAUGGGCAAGUUUAGAGAAAAAGGCAAAGGAGAAAGGACAUGAGGAGUUAGGCCCAGGACAACAGGACACAGGCCAACACACGUCAGAAGCUGAAACUCAGCCAGAGGAGCCAGACAACGUUCACCUCUUAUCAUCUGCACAGAGCCAACAGCAGGAAGAUGUUAACGGUAACUUUGUAAGAUCCAGAGCCAGGCCACAGGAAGGGUUUAUAGUUAAAAAAUCCAACAUGGAAAGGAUGGCAGUAAUUGAAUUCAGUAGGAAGAUGGUGGACUAUGGAAGCUGUGAGAUUCAACGCACAGAAGAGCAGAGGCAGUGGGUUUCUCCUGGCCCUCCCUUAAAGCUGCCCCCGGGGCAGCAGAGGAAUGGAGGUGCUGUUUCUCACAAGCAGACGGAGGUUCCACUCCAGCUGAGCACAGGGGCAGAGGUGGGAGAUGCAGCAUACAGUGAGGAGCGAGGCUUUGCAUCUGGCCAAGCUGGCAGCUCUGUAGGCCUCGUGUGGGGAGUAUUGGGUGCUCUGUACAGAGGUUAUGAGACAGUGGCUUCCAUGUUGCUGCAGUCAGAAACUGAUAAAGUCGAUGGAACAGAGUCUGCAGAUCAGGAUGAGAUGAGAAUCCUUCCAUGUGAGCUCUUUAAUGAUGCUACAGAUCCUGCCAAAGACUCUCAAGAUUCCAGGAUGCCGAUUCCUAAAGAAUCUGUUUGGUCCCAGAGUGCCUGCUUGGGAGAGAGCAAAGUGCUGUCUCCAGCAGAGCCUUCGGGACGGAGCUUCGUUGAGUGUUUGAGGCUCGCUGCUGCAGAAGCAGAGAGUGGCCUGGGGCAGAAACAAGAGCAUAGAACAAGCAUCGAUGAGGAAAAAGAAGCAGAAUGUGAAGUGAAAAUUUUGAAAGAACUCCCAACACAGUCUCCAUCAGAAGAAAAGAAAACCAUAGCAAACGAGCCCAAGCCUAGAGCAUGUAAGAGUACACUAGUUGGUGGUGAGAAGACUAGAGGGGCAUCACCCACUCAAACACCCUUAGAAAGUGAUCAAAGUAUGAGCAAUAAUGGGGCACUCAGUAUUUGCUCCACUGACGUCAUUCCUCCGUUGAAGGAAGUAGACUUUGAUGACAUAGCAAAUGAGCAAUGCUUAAGGAAAACUAAUGAAGAUGAAGGUCCUAAAAAGCCAAGCCUUCAGAAAGCAGAUCCAUAUCCAGCCCCUCUGGUUCUGUGCUUGGAUGGCGAGUCUUUGGAGGAGGACCUUGAGUUUGAGGCUGCUCAGGAAGAUUUAGGGACUGUGUGGCUGGCUGAGCUUUACAUGGAUGAUAGCCGGAGGGAAACGGUGCUUGCGGAAGGACUCUCUCCUCACCAGUCACUGAUGCUGGAUGGGCCUGCUCCACUCUCAGUGCAAGUCCCACCAGCAACAGCAUUACAGAGCUCACAGGCAGACAAGACAGAGUCUCUACACCCUGCAGAAGAUGUUCCAUCCCAUCAAAGCAUGAAGGAAGAGGCUGAAUCUGCAGGCUUUAUGCAGGAUGCUGGCCCUGAUGCUGUAAACCAGAACACAGUGUCUGGCUCUGCUGCCAGAGAUCUCGUCCCAGCACAGCAGGAUAAAAAAAGGGAUAUUGCUACAUCAACUGUGAGUGAACAGAGAGGAAGAAACAACGAUCAGCACUCUAGGGGAAGUAAGACCUCCCUAUCAGCGCAUGCUGCUACAUACAACAAUAGUGCUGACCUCAGUGUCAGAGUAAAUCAGAUGGGUAAAGAGAGUUUCCAAUUUGAGACCACAUUAACAGCUCCCUCAGAGAACAAUUUAGUAUCCAGUAUAAAACAGUCCCAAAUUCCUGAAGUGGAGAAGCCAGCUGGCUCAGUGAAGGAUGUUUCUGCAGGGACAGCAGUGGAGACCUGGCCCAAUGAACCACAUGGCACAAUAAAUGGAACAACUGAUGAGACAGGCAGCGUAUCAGAGGAGAGCACCCUGCUGGCUAAAAUUCUGAAAAUGGCAGAAGACACCGAAGUGUCACCUGUUCCCGUUCCUCGCUCCAGGAAACUCCUCAUCCCCUCCAAGUCUGAUUUUGAGCUUCCCCCAUCUCCUUCUCUUCAGGUCAAAGCAGACAGUAUGACACCCGUGAAUGAUGCAUUAAUGACAGAGCAGAACAAUCUCCCUGCUGCACAUGGGCUGCCAGCAGCAGUGAGCGUUGUAGAAGCCAAUACAGACAUCACCAAAAUAAACACAGAAGAAAAGAGGCCGUCAGAAAGCCUCAAUGACACUCCAUCAGCAUUCACUGAGUCAUCAGGCAGUAAUAUGACUGUCAUACUGUCAGGGCUUGAGCCUGGACAGAUCCUGAGAUCAGAAGGGAAUGAUGAGUCUCUCAAAAAAGACAUUUAUCCAAAGCAGCCAAAAGAAAAUAUACCUGAUGUAACUGAAUGUUGCAUUGAUGCAGUUACAGCAAUGACUAUAACCCCAGACCACAGAGAUGUUGGUGCAGUUACAGCAGUGACUAUAACCCCAGACCACAGAGAUGUUGGUGCAGUUACAGCAGUGACUAUAACCCCAGACCACAGAGAUGUUGGUGCAGUUACAGCAGUGACUAUAAGCCCAGACCACAGAGAUGUUGGUGCAGUUACAGCAGUGACUAUAAGCCCAGACCACAGAGAUGUUGGUGCAGUUACAGCAAUGACUAUCCCUCCCAGCCACACAGAUUUGUCAGCAAAAAGAGAUGGAAAUGAGGGCUUUCAUUUAAAGGUCAAAUAUGAAGAGGUUCAAACUGAAAAGUUGAAACCACUCCCAGUCCUGGAUGAAGUUUGUAGUUUCCUGCCAAAGGAUUCUUCUAGAUCAUCUAUGCCAAGAACCAAUGAAACUGCACCUGAUGGAGAGACUCACCCCCAGAGCACUCACCCCAAGGGCGGUAACUCAACAGCUGCUCAUGAAGAAUCACCAUUGCUGGAGACAUCACCCACUGUCCUGCCACCUCAACGCAGCAAAAAGAAAACCAUCCCACCUCCAGUGACGACAGGAGAGGAGGUCAGGGAUGACACAUCCACACCUGAACAGGUUAUCUCCCAUCUACCAAGCCCAGGUCUGGUAAGCUCUACACAGUCUCUACUGGACUGGUGUCAGGAGAUCACUAAGAACUAUAAAGGAGUGAAGGUCACUAACUUCAGCACUUCCUGGAGGAAUGGCCUGGGUUUCUGUGCCAUCUUGCAUCACUUCUAUCCUGACAAAAUUGAUUUUGAGGAACUGGAACCCCAUAACAUAACGUUCAAUAACAAGAGAGCCUUUGAUAGUUUCGCAGCGCUGGGUAUCUCUCGCCUGUUGGAGCCAUCAGACAUGGUUCUGAGCUCGGUUCCGGACCGGCUGAUCGUGAUGACCUACCUGAGUCAGAUCCGUAGCCACUUCACAGGCCAGGAGCUGAGUGUGCUGCAGAUAGAGCAAAACAGCAGCCAGUCCAGCUACACAGUGGCAGCGCCCAGCCAGGGCUCGGACCUGCAUGCAGCUGCCCGCUUCUGUGCCCAGAGGCUGCAGGCAGGAACUAAUGGCACAAACAGCCAAGCGCAGGAGGCCACACCAGAGGGAGACAAACCCAACAGCAGCCUGGUUCCACCACCAAGGACUAAACGUGCAGGGAAAACAGAAGAGGACGGUUCAGAGGGAGGAGAGCAGAUGCCGGUGGCCCCACCAAGGACAAACACAGCUGCGUUUAAAUCAGGCCUUGGGCAUGAGAAAGGUAAAGAUGAGGUGGAGGGGAGGAGCAACCCUGCAACUGCUGCAGACAGCGCUGAAUCUAAAUCCUGCGAGUUGCCAAAAGAGUCCAGGCUUGUGGAAGAGGAAACUAUGGUCAGUAAACCCUCGCGUCUGCAAGACACCAGUCAGUAUGUCCUGAGUGAGCAGCAGGCCCUGGAGGCAGAGCAGAAACACAUCGACAGCAGAGCAGCAGUGGUGGAGAGGAGGCUCAGACGCCUAAUGGAGACAGGGAGUGAUAAAGAACAGGAAGAGAAGCUGAUCCAGGAAUGGUUCACACUGGUUAAUAAAAAGAAUGCUCUGAUCAGGAGACAAGACCACCUGGAACUACUGCAGCAGGAGCAGGACUUGGAGAGGAGGUUUGAACUGUUGACCAGAGAGCUGAGAGCCAUGAUGGCUGUCGAAGAGUGGCAGAAGACUCAGGCCCAGCAGCACCGGGAGCAGCUGCUCCUGCAUGAGUUGGUUUCUCUGGUCAACCAGCGUGACGAGAUCGUCAGAGACAUGGAUGCAAAAGAGAGAGGGGCACUGGAGGAGGAUGCAUGGCUGGAGAGAGGCUUGGAGACCAGACGCAGGAAAUACAGCAACAAGGACAAAUGUGUUUUGCAGUAGAGCCUGGACCUACAGUGGGGAAUUCUGGGAAAUAAACUAGACCCUUCAGCAGCUGACAGUCUAGCACCAAUCACUGUGUUUAAGAAAACAAAAUUAUACCAGAGUGAUACCAAAAUGACACCAAUGUGCCUUUUAGGGCUCAGAGACUGCAGAGCUCUGUCUGUUUGUGAACAGGAGAUACAAGUCUAUUCUACACAAUGUACUAUACUGGUCAUGCUAAAUACACUGAAAAAAUGGUUCUAUUUUUGUGUGUUACACUUUGCCAAGGAAGAUUCUUCAUGAGAAACAUGUCUCUACAACACCAGCAUUACUGUAUGUGUCAUGUCUACUAAAUAAGCAUUACUGUAUUCCUUUUUAGCUGUUUGGUCAUGUGUGUUUCUCCUAAUGUCUGUAUGAGUGUCAAAUAGCCUCUUUAUUGAGUUUGUUCUGUUGAAUUCUGGAUGCAUUUAUCAAUUAGUUUGUAACUGUUUGGAACAUAAAUUCACCUGUUCAUUCACCUGUUCAGAUUAAUGUAUCACUAGAGCUCAUUCUAUUACACAAUGCAGUGCCUUAAAAACGUUUUGAUACAUUUGCCAAGUAAUGUGUGAUUUCUGUUUUUAGGCUUGUUUUAAAUUUAUUUCGAUAUUUUUUUGUAGAUAUUUGAAAGUGUAACGUUAAAAUGCUUUUGUCCUGUUUUUAUUUAAAGCCUAAGUUAGUGAUUGCUGUAAAUGGCGGAUCAGCUUUUAUUUUCCACUGAGGGUGAGUGUGAACAGCACGACACACUAAUCGUCUGAGUGCAGUAAACAUACAGUUCAGCUGCUUAUGUAACUCCCUGUUAGUGACCUCAGAGCUGUUGUAGAGUGGGUGAAGUGGUGUUUCUGUUGUUCCUAACAAUGCCUGUAAAUUAUGGUACCACUUCCUCUGUGGAGAGAUGAAUGACAAUGUUUUCGGUAUGCAGACUGUUGUAUUCAAUAAAGUUUGAUGCUAUUUUAACAGUUA